GUGAAACUAUUUAAUCAAUUGCGUACACACGCGCAACAGACGGUUAAUGAUGACUAAUUUGACUUAAAUUACUUAAAUUCGGCACAACGCUCAAGCGUGGUGCAUUUACCACUCAAUACAUUUCUAUAAAACUAUAUUGAUUUGUAAAAGAGCAUUGCUCGAAACUUACCACUAGUUUACAUCUAUUGCUUCUCUCUUAUAUUAAGGAAAAAAUUCAUGUCAUGAAGAUGCUGGCUGGUUUGUAUAUUUCUUAUUACUAAUUGUUUUCAUUAAUCAUUAUUGUAAUAAUGGUACAAAUGGUAUUUUUGAAUAUUGACUAUUGCAGAAUGAAGAAUUCUUAUCUUUUGAAUGCUCAGCUCUUUCCAAGGUAAACAUUUUAUAAUUUUGAAUGACUUCAGAUGGUGUAUCAGCAAUGAAGUUCCUUACCGCAGCCAAGAUAACUCACAGUAACAAAAUGGAAGACCUGUCCAGAGAAUUUUGGAAAAGGAUUUAUAAAACGGUAUGACUGUUUCCUGGCUUGCUAUGGCCGCUUCGCAGUUAAUCUGCAGAACCUAAAGGGAAAAGGUCAUCUUCAAAUUCAAUUUAUGAAAUAAACUAGAUGCAUUUUUGAACCUAUAGGCUAAAUUUGUCUCCAGUCUCAAGAACUUAUCUUGUGUAUGCAAUAUUGAGUUUUAAGAUUUCGUUGGAAUUCAGUUUAUUUUUGUCGUGGCCGUGGUCCAUCACCUUUCUGUAUUGCUCUUUUUACACUUUAGUCCACGAUACGUUCGGUAUGUUACCGUUUUGCCUUUUGGGCAUUUCACUCUAUUAAACUAAUGUUGAAGGAUUUUGUAGAUGGAAACGUCGAGUAGAAAUUUCGAAAUAACACCAGGAGCAGCAGCGAGAAAUGGCAGGAAUCGAACGUGUAAUCGAGCUGUAGUUCUACAUGAAAAAAUGGGUAGUUCUAAAACUUAAAAUUGGCAGUUCUAAAACAAUUGGCAGUUCGCCAAAAAUGUUGGGAAAAGAAAUAUUAAUUAGCUAAUUGAUUGGAGUUCUAACCGGGGGGCACUAUACUGUCCACUUGGACACUGUGGAUUUUUUUGAAAUCGGAUUAAUUAAUUGAAUUGAUUGAUUUAAUUGCAUGAUACCAUGAGUGCGAUUAAGGUGGCUCAAUAGAAUUUUUGAAAAAAUGGAAAAUGCACGAUUCAGAUCCGUAUUUUUGGACAAUUAUUAGUUGUUGAAAAACAAAAAGUAUCUUACUCAUAUGAAACAAUAUCUAAAGAGUUUGAAUUUUUACACAAAGUUACACAACUGCCGUUGCUAUGGCAGCAAUGACGUUUCAAGAUGGCGGAUAUUUUGGCUCUAAAGUAAUUUAACUCGUAAACAACAUCGGUGAACCCCAAAUUUUAUUUCAAAAAAUGAGUUUGCCUAGUAUAAUCUAUUAUUUUGAAAAAAAGAUUCUGUUGAGCCAAAAAAAAAUUAUCAUGCAUAAUUAGCUUUACGUAAUUUGAAAAAUUUCGGCUCAACAGAAUUUUUUAAAAAUUGUCAACGUAAUUCAAUAUACUAAGAGAAACCAUUUUAUGAAAUAAACUUUGGGGGUCACUGAUGUCGUUUUCGAGUUAAAUGACUUUAAAGCCAAUAUAUCCACCAUAUUGAAACGUGAUUCUUGCCAUGAUACAACGGCAGAUGCGUAACAUUUGUGCAAACAUUCAAACUCUUUAGAUGUUUUUUACAUAAGUAAGAUGCUUUUUGUUUUUCAACAAGUAAUACUGACUUGUCCAAAAAUACGCAUUUAAAUCGCAAAUUUUCCAUUUUAAAAAACUGUAUUGAGCCACUUUAAAUGAGAAUGUAUGACCAAUAAUGAUCUUGAAAAAUGGUCAUUGCUAAAAUUUAAAUCACCAUUACUGUAUUUCACUUAUAGCACGAGGAGUUCGGCUUUUCUGAAGGUCUUCACAAGGUUUGUAACAAGUAAUUUCUUAUGGAUACUUAUUAAUGUUCUUUUCUUGAACUUUUCACUAAAUCCUCAGACAAAAACCCGAUGUUCAAUCCUAUUCACAAUUGAAUUGAAUUCACUGAUUGAGAACGGGUUGACACGAGAUCUGACCAAUUCGGAACCAUGCCAAAAUUUGUACCGUUCCACGUGUUCACAUGGGAAUUUGUGCGUUUAGGUGUUCGAAUAGACUUUUCUCAUAAUCACGUCAAAUGCGGAAAUCCGCAGUGCAAAUGAUGUUACAUGACAUUUGAUUGGCUCUGCAACGAUUUACAUUGCGAAUUGUUCUUAAAAAUCGUUCCGUGCCACAUCGCCUUUACGGGCAAGGCGGGCGCCGAAGCGUUUAUCCGUGUUUGACAUCAUUAUGAAAAAUGUCUUUUCACGUGUUCCGUGUGAAAUGGAAAGGCGAAAACGUGCAUAUUUCACUUGGAAAAAAAGUGAAAUCCGUACUAUGGAAUUUGCAAUUGCACCACUAAAUCCAUAGUAUAUCCAUACUAUACCCAUAGUAUGGAAAUAUCAAUUAUUAUGGAUAAUCAAAAUCCAUUCUAUUUCCAAUAAAGUUCCAUACAAUUUCCAUUCUAUUUCCUUCUAUGGAUUUUCAAAAUGUUUUCCAGUGUUUGAGUACGGUUCCAAAUUAACCAAGUCGUGUGUGAUCGGAGCAUAUAAUUCAACUAGGACUGAAUAAAAAUGAACAUACUUGGCCAUGCACAAUUUUAAAAUGUUCAUCUGAUAACUAAGCAGCAUAAUUGGCUAAUCUUCUCAUGAAUAAAUACAUGUAGGUAUUGGUGUUUUGCUUAUGAGAUGGUUUAACAUUUCAUGUAUAGGUGUGCGAGACAGUUGGUAUAAACAAGGAUGAUGCUCAGAAGAUAAUUGAUGAAUCACCGAAAGAAUCUAUUCAAGUAAAGUUGAACGAAACUAUGAAGAGAGCCGUUGAUUACGGAGUAAGUAAUCCAGAAAGUAUGACCACGUAACUCCAUUUCUAUAUACGUCAACUGAAUUGGUUACCAGUGGACAAACUACUUUAGAGACGCUUAUCUGACCUACAAAUAUGUAAAUAACCUUGCACCCGAUUACCUGUGCAAUAAAUUUAGAAAAAGGUCAUCAAUCCAUAAAUGUCAGACUCGCAUGCAUACAUGACUCCCUGCAAAUACCACUCUUCAAAACUGCAGCUGGUCAACGAUCGUUUGCCUAUAGAGCUGUCCACAUUUGGAACAAUUUAGAUAAAAACCUGAGAGAUGACGCUCCUCUUAAAAUCUUCAAGACAGCACUUAAAAAAAACAUUUGCUUGCCAAGGAGAACAAACAGUUUAAUUACUUACUAAACUUUGUGCAUGGUUAAAGAAAAUUGUAAAUUAUUUCUGAAAAACCCUUUCUGAGAGAAAUUUUAUUAAAUAUCUAUAUCUGUCUAGUAAGCAAUAAGUUGUUCAAAUUUAUGUAAUUAUAACAGUGGACACAAACAAAUAUGCAUUCAUAGGGCUAUAGGAUCCACAAAUCUGUUCUAGGUUCAUAUAAGGCUUUGACAUGACAGGCACUUCUUGAUCAAGGGGUAGAAUGUUCUUUAACGAUUACGAUUUACCCUAAUCCAAACCCAAAUCCUAUACCCAGCAUGAUUGUAAGCUCUUAGCUUCAACCUAUAACUACUUGUAAUACGGGAAACCAGAUAUUUUUGGUUAUACUGCAAAGUUUUUGACUAGUAAUAUUUGGACUUAGUCCAUUUCCUGGUUAUCUAAUUUGUCUUGAGACAGAUUUAACUAGGAUUUGAUUUAACCAUGCAUGCAUGAAUUGAUUUAAUCAGGAAGUCGACAAAGUUGAAUUAGAUUCAGAAUUAUGCAAAGUGGAAAUUCUGAACAGAUGCCUGGGGCCGGUUGUAUAAAAAAGUGAUUAAAGUUAACUAUGGAACUAGGAACGUCAUCCAAUAAGAAGCGCCAAUUUAAGAGUUAAUCACUAUUUAACUACAAAAUAGUGAUUAAAAAAGUGAUUAAGAGUUUCAUACAACCGACCCCUGGUUGUAUACCAUAUAAAUAAUAUGUAGUAUUUCUAUGUUAUAUACUUACCUAUUAUAGUCUGGUAUAACUUAUAACAGUAGAAGAGUUUUUGUAGAUGGAAAUUUUGAGCAGAAGAUUACAUACAAUUUUAGACCUAACCAUGGAGCUGCUGUGAAAAUGAAUAGGCCCUCUGGCAGAAAUCGAUGCGGUACAAUUGCAUUUUUCGCAGUUGCUCCUGGUUAGAUCCGCUAAAAUUGUAUAUAACCUUCCGCUCGAAAUUCCCAUCUACAAAAACCCUUCAACUGUUAGCUCUAUCGAUGGUGAAUCCAACCCAGACAGUCCUGGUUAACUCGGUUAAAACAUGUGUUUGGCAAACUAAUAUCCUUAUAAUUAUUUCACUUCAGGGUUUUGGAGUUCCGACAAUUUUAGUUGAAAAUCCUGAAGACGAGAGCAAACCUGAGAUGUUUUUUGGUUCGGAUCGUUGUCACCUUAUUGCUCGUUAUUUAGGUCAGUAUAAAUAAGAAUAGCCUCUUGGCCCUCAACGGAAUUUUUCGAACUACCCAUUCGCAGCCUAAACCCAUAGAGAUAGCUGCGGAGCAGGCUAUAGUUCCGAACUUAGAAACUGUUAUCCAAAAACAUACUAUUUGGUUUAGAACUAACAAGGAUACAUUUAAUCAACUUGAGGUGCAUUGAAAUAGCAAUUUAAACACUGAGAAAUUGAUUAGAAAUUAGAAUACAAUUUAGACCACUAAUGGACCUUUCCCCUUAUAACUAAAAUUUUGAUCUAGACAAAAAUUUCAUCACAGCUUGAAAGAGCAUCACAAAAUUAGUAAUAUUCCAAAGUUUCGUUGCGAAAUGUUGUAAAAUGCGGAUAAUAUAGCCUUGCGAAGUUUGCCGUUUUUCAGUCAUUUUGUAUUACGCAUGGGAAAUUGACAGCCCAAUCGGGUGUUGGGGCAUCAAUUUCCCGUUUGUAAUACAAAAAGUCAAAAUGACUGAAAAUUGCAAAUUUCGCAGGGCUAUAUUAUCCGCAUUUUACAACAUUUCGCAACGAAACUUCGGAAUAUUACUAAUGUUGUGAUGCUCUUUCAAGCUGUGAUGAAAUUUUUGUCUAGACUUGUCUAGAUCAAAAUUUUAGUUAUAAGGGGAAAGGUUUAGUGCAAUAGUGGCAAUUGUUUUGAAAGUUUUGAUGUAGAAAUUAGAAUUAGAAAAGAUAGUAGAUGAUGCGCAGUAAGGCCUAAGGCUAAGGGUAAAACACAUUUAUUUAGGAAACGUUCUCUGGCUGUAAGUAUUUAUUUGUUACAAGCUUUCGGCUGUCAGUCUAUAGACUUCGGCGGGUAUAUAGUACUGCAUACAAAUAAUUGUUGAGGGACGCUAAACUUAAGAAGGUGACAUGAAAUCUGAAAUUAUGACUAUGUUAUAUAAUUCGAAUAUAUAAUUAAUGUUUCUUGAGCUCCUUUCUUAAAGUAUAGUGUAUUGAUUGUCCAGGAAGUGUUUUGGAAUUAUUAUCAGCUUCGUCCGUUAGGGCAGUAUGCCAGGAGUCUAAGAUCUUAAGGUUUUUGUGAUUGUUUCCGUCGAUUACUUUGGCAUUGUCAAAGUCAACCGAUGUGGUUAUUGGUAAAGGCACAAUAUAGUGCCAGGGCAGGUACCUUAAUUAAAAUAGUUUAAAAGCGAUACUCUUUUCUUGUAUUGGAAGAAAAUAAUGGUAUAUGGCGGGAAAUAAAAUUUCACAUGCAAAUUGUUUAGUCGCAGUUAUAUUUUUCGUUUAAAGGUGUCGAGUGUCAUAGUCCUGGCAAUUGCAAAGAUCAUUGAUUCAUAGAGACUGGAUAUUGCACUGAUGUAUUCCUGGAACUUUAACAAGGGGGAUUUCUAACAAUGUCCUAAAAAAGGAACUCGGAUGACAACAGGACAACAACUUGGAAAAUUCCAAUCUCUAUUUUUAUUUGUAAUAUUAUAUCUAGACUCCAAUUUCAAAAAAAUUUCAAGGUUAAGACUAUGUAAUUUAAGACAGAAAAUGUAUCGAGCAAAACAUUUUUUCAAUAUGUGCCCACGAAAUAAAAAAACGACAAAAAAGAUCGAGCAAUAACAUUAAAAAUAUUAUCGGGCUCAAUGAAGAUCUACCCCCCCCCCCUUAUAGGCCGUUUGUCCACCCCUUAUAGGCCGUUUACUGCAUGCGGUACGCUAUCGUUCAAUGCUGUUGGGUACCUGUGGAACUGAAUAGUUUUAAUCCACACUCGCCACUUUCAAAUACGCUGAUUACGAAUCCGAAAAAUUCUUGCUCCUAACCUC